CAUUCAUGGACAUACUUAUGCUCAUAAACGUUCACUGCCCGCAAUGAUGCUAUCAAAGCUGGAGGCGACGUGCACUUGCAUUGUCCAGACGCGGGAAUGCGCAGGAGUGAGCCAGCGGCAGCUCGGCGCCUCUGCCUGGACUGGCAGCGGGCAGCUGGAGGCCUGUCGUCAAGCCGUGUCCGUGCCGGCACUGCUGCGAGCCUCCUGGCGAGGUACUUUGCGCCGCGGAGCCCCUGCCCCAGCCCUGCGGCUGUAGCAUGUACGGGCGACAUGCCCUGGGCUGUUGCUACGGCCCGCACUGCACACGCAGCGCGGCAAGACCCGUGCCAGUAUCAGAUCAACGGUGGCAGCAGUAGCGACAUGCCAGGCAGUAGCAGCAUCGUCUGCAGCUCUGGGCCGUCGCGGUCUCCAGUCCUGAAGCAGGAGCAGGUGGCAGCGAUUGAGGCGCAAGAGCGGGGGCAGGCGCCCGGGCAGGAGCAGGCGCGGGAGCAUGAGCUCCAAUGGUUGCAUCAGACACCAACCCACGCUCUCGUCGACAUGCUGCAUGAGCUGACCCCGCUAGUGGCAGAACCGACUCGGAACUUUGCUGCUGAAAGCGUCGGGGCUAUUGAUGGCGCAAGGAGCAGCCCAGGCAGCUACAGGGCUUCGCCAGCAGCAGCUUCCGUUGCUGCAGCCGCAGCCGACACGGUGGAAGCACCCUCGUCCGUGCCUGCGGUGUCUUCUGGGGCUCAGUCGCACGCUGUGGCCUCUGAGGCCGCGGCUGAGGCUAAGGCUGAAGCUGGGUCUGAGGCCGAGGCUGCCAGGGCGACAUGCCAUGCGCAAAUCAGUGGCCGACAGCUGGGGGAGCAGCUGCUCGCUGGCAAUGAAGCCGUGUCGCGGGCGGUGUCGUUGCGGACUGAGCUGCUGAACCGCCUUACCCACGGCCGCGGUGACGUGGCGGGGCCGGCGUUGUCACUGCAACAAGCGGUUCACGGCUUGCAGGCGCACAUGGCGCAACCGCUGUUCCUCAUGACAAUGAAGCCCUCCGGUGGCGUGUACAAAAAGACGCGUCGCCUCGCUAUGCGUAACGGGACCUUGCUGCGGGUGGCCCUGCUGCAUGAGGUCCGCCUGGCGGCUGAUGCCCUGGCCGCAGACGCAGCUGCAGCGCCCGGCGCCUGCACCGUCGCUAGCGGUGGCCUGCAACACACCGGCAGCACCACUGCAGCACCGGCGGACGCGCAAGCCACAACAGCAGCGCCAGGGGAGACUGACACGGCAGCAGCGGCGGUAUCAGCACCAGCAGCGGAUGCACUGCCUGCGGCGCACCGCGACCUCGCACUGAGCGGACUUCAAAUCGUUGCCACAGAGCUGUCCGACACUGUUCCUUCCCUUAACAACAAUGAUGAAUUGGCCCACCGCGGCCUCCGGGCAGAAGCCGCCGCUGGUGCGGGCAUGGCUCUGCUAGGUCUUCUGCAGCGGCUGCAGCCGUCACAGGUGCAGCAGCAGCCAGUCCAGCAGCAGGCGCCGCAACAAGAGCAGCCACAAACGCACCUGCGCGAGCGGACCGCUAAGGACCAGUCACCACAGCAUCAACAGGUGACCGGUGACGGAAGCAGCCUGGAGGCUGCCCACGCGCCCGCAGUUAUUGAAGCCCUAGAGCGGGCGCAGCGGGAAUGGCUGGCCACUUCAGAAAUGAAGGAAGCGCAGGCGAUUGCCCUGCCUGAUGCUUCUUGGGCACAGGCCAGCACUGCUGGCGAGCGGGAGGCCGGGAAGGACGAACCGGCUGUUAUUUCGGCGGCGCCGCCCGCUGACCGACCCGGCCUGCUGACGCGCAAGGGCGCUUAUAGCCAACAGGUCAUUGCAGAGCGGCUGCUAGGGCUGCAGCAGUCACUGCCGGCGCUGUCGAGUGCUGCCAAGGCGGUGCUGCUGCGCGAGGCGCAGCCAGUCCAGACGCAGCCGCUGCAGGAAGAGGCCGCGGAGGGUGUUCCUGCGGCUGCUGGGUCGGUUGCGGUGGCCGCGGCAGCGCAUGUGACACCGGCAGGAGGCAACAGCGCGACUGCAGCGGCAGCACCACUGGCGAAGGUGCAGGCCUCGUCUACAGCAGCAGUGGCCGAGCCCGUCGUGGCACUGCUGCCUGCGGCGCCGUUGCCGCCUACAGCGCUUUCGCGCCCUGCAGUCGCUCCUGCCGCAACGACGGUGGAGGCGGCCGGGGCACAGUCCCGGCUGCCUGGGACAGCCGCGGCUUCUUCGCCACCCACUGCCCCCAGCGAGGCCACAGUCGCUGAUACUGCUGGCCCUGCCUCGACAUUGCCGCGCGAGCACGUGGCAGUGGCUGAGGCGCAGGAAGCGGUGCUUGUGCAGGAGCAGGCGGGGGAGUCGCAGUCGGAGCCGGAGGCCCGGUGGUGGAAGCGCAUGUCAGUCCACGCCCUAGUCGACGUCAUGCAUGAGCUGACCCCGUCGGUGGUAGACGCAACCAAAAGCGAUGCUGCUGGGAGCUUGGGGGUUAGCGGCGGCGCGGGGAGCAGAGCACGCAGCCGCAAGGCUUUGGCAGCAGUAGCAGCGGCCGGCGCCGGAACCCGACCUGACACCGGGGAAGCGCCCUCGCCCGUGCCUGUGGUGUCUUCUGGGGCUCAGUCGCACGCUGUGGCUUCUGAGGCCGCGGCUGAGGCUAAGGCUGAAGCUGGGUCUGAGGCCGAGGCUGCCAGGGCGACAUGCCAUGCGCAAAUGAGUGGCCGACAGCCGGGGGAGCAGCUGCUCGCUGGCAAUGAAGCCGUGUCGCGGGCGCUGCUGGCGCGGAACGAGCUGCUACACCGCCUCACUGGCGGCCAGGGUGACGUGGCAGGGCCGGCACUGUCGCUGGCACAAGCGGUCCGCGGCUUGCAGGCGCACAUGGCGCAGCCACUGAACCUCAGGGCGCCAGAGGGCGCGUCUCAAGCGGUGUGCCGGCGUGCCAUGCGUAACGGGACCUUGCUGCGGGUGGCCCUAUUGCAUGAGGUCCGCCUGGCGGCUGAUGCCCUGGCCGCAGACGCAGCUGCAGCGCCCGGCGCCUGCACCGUCGCUAGCGGUGGCCAGCAGCACACCGGCAGCACCACUGCAGCACCGGCGGACGCGCAAGCCACAACAGCAGCGCCAGGGGAGACUGACACGGCAGCAGCGGCGGUAUCAGCACCAGCAGCGGAUGCACUGCCUGCGGCGCACCGCGACCUCUCACUGAGCGGACUUCAAAUCGUUGCCACAGAGCUGUUCGACACUGUUCCUCUACCUCGCGACUACACCGCCUUGAACGGCCUCAGCCAGCGGGCGGAAGCCGCCGCUGGUGCGGGCAUGGCUCUGCUAGGUCUUCUGCAGCGGCUGCACCCGUCACAGCUGCAGCAGCUGCAACAACAGCACCCUCGGGAGCGGACUGUUAAGGACCAGUCGCCACAGCCGCGCCCGGCGCCCGACGACAGAAGCAUCUCCGAACCUGGCCGCGUGUCUGCAGCCCUUGAAACCCUAGAGAGGGCGCAGCAGGACUGGCUGUCAUCCCCGCAGCUGCAGCGGAACGAGCAUUUGACCGUCCGGUUUAACGUUUCCAAGGCCGGACCGACUGGGGCGGGCUACGAUCCAUCCAGCCAACAGGUCAUUGCAGAGCGGCUGCUAAGGCUGCAGCAGUCACUGCCGGCGCUGUCGAGUGCUGCCAAGGCGGUGCUGCUGCGCCUGACGCAGCCAGUCCAGACGCAGCUGCUGCAGGCAGAGGCCGCGGAGGGUGUUCCUGCGGCUGCUGGGUCGGUUGCAGUGGCCGCGGCAGCGCAUGUGACACCGGCAGGAGGCUACAGCGCGGCUGCAGCGGCAGCACCACUGUCGAAGGUGCAGGUCACGGAGCGUGUGGUUCUGGACAUGCCGCUUCAGGAGCUGCGGCAGUGGAUGACCGACCCAGACUCUCUGCCGCAGGCACGCCAGGCCAAGGCGGAGGCGGCGCUGGUCCGGCUGCAGCUGUGGGUUGCGGCCUGCCGCCACCCCGGCGGCCUGCUGGCCGUGCUGCGGUCGCCUGACGUCGUCGAAGACGUGCGUUCGCAUCGAGGCCAGCUGGCACGGCGGUGGUGGCACGGCACUUUGGAGCCGCUGCUGCGGCGGCACCUGGCAGCCGCCGCUGCAAGCGGCAGCAGCGCCGGCGGGCCGGCGGCUGAGGCUGAGGUGUCGGCGUCAGAAGCGGCGGCGGCGGCGGCAGCUGAGACUGAGGUGUCGGCGUUAGAAGCGACGGCGGCGCCGGCUGGUGGUGAUGAGGGUGGGCGUGGCGGUGACGUACUGGAGGCUUUGAAGCAACAGACACUGGAGGUGGAGGAGCUCGAGGCCCUGCGGCGGGAAGCAACGGCAGCAUUACUGCGGCCUUUCACGCUGACGUCGGCGGCAGCGCCGUCCGCGGAAGCGCGUGCGGAGGGAGCCGCGGCGGAGGCUGGGGCGAAGGCAGGAGCGAAGGCAGGCGCCGAAGCAGAGGCCCGCCUGCUGCGCCUGGCCCCCGCCCUGCCACCCGACGGCCUCUUGAGCGCCCUCACUCAGCUGCACCGGGUCGCAGCGGCCCACGCUGGCCGUUCCGAGGGGCAAAUGGCGGCGCCACCUGCAGAGCCCAAUGCCGUACUGUGCGCCACGUACGCCCGCUGCACCGCCGCAGCUGCCGGUGUCCCUAGCGCCGCAGAGGAGCUGUCAGCCACGCUGCACACCAGCCAGCUGCUGGAGGGCUUCCGGGCGGCCGCGUGGCUCGGCGGGGUGGGUCUGCCGGCGCCAGCAGCCGCUGCCGCCGCCACCAGCCACAGUAGCCAUAGGGGCAGCAGCGACAGAGGCGAACGCAGUGACCACGUAGAGCUGACUGGUAGCGCCGGGUCAAGCACCGUUACCAGCACCAGCACCAGCGCAAGUGGCAGUGCGGCAGCCAUUUGCCCUGCCGGGCAGUCCCCGCCAGAGUUUAGCAGGGCCAUGCAGGAGCCACAAACAGCUGCUGCCGAGCCCGAACUCGAUGGGCGCUUGGAUAAACAGCAGCCAGCGACUACGCUAGUGGAGCAACAGCAGGGCGCGAACAGCCUAGACGCGAAUGCAGCCAGUCCUGCGUCUAUUGCGGCCACUUCGGACGCCAGCGGGCCUGGCAUGGGGCCUGCCGCUACCGGUGCGCCUGUUGCUGCUGCUGGCCCCGAAGGCAACGCGGUGGCAGCGACUGCAAGCAGCGAAACAGUGGCACGGACUGCACGCGGGGUCAUGGGCACAGUGGCAGACGCCCUGGCGACGAGUCUGCUGCGGAGCCGCGCCGAGCAGACGGUGUCCGCUACAGCCCAUGGCCAACAAAGCGCAGGCGUCGCAGCCACGCCUGCGGCCACGGCGUCGGACGCCGAUAUGAAUGCCGCAGUGCUCGAGAGCCUCCGGCUGCUGGCGGCGGCGCGGGUGCAGAGCCAGCGGCUUGUGCUGGCUGUGUGGGGCCUUCCGCUUGAGGUGCUGCCGGGGCGGCCCAAAGCCGCCAAACCGCUCGUGUCCACGUUCCAGCUCCGUGCGGACGUCAUAGCCGUGGUUGAGGCCGCGGCACGCAGGGCUGCAGCGUCCAUUGCGGCUGCUAAGCAAGCGGCGCCUCCGGUGGCAGCGCCGCCUGCAGAGCUGCUUCAGCCGCUAUGUGACGAGGGCCUCAUCGGCGACAGGGACUGGGUGACGCUGCACCGGGCCCUGACAAGGCAGGCGCUGCGGCUUUCAGGCGAGGCAGGAGGUGCCGAGUCACCAGCAGCGAUGACACCGGCUCCAAAGACUGCUGCGGGAGCGAUGGCGGACGAGCCCACGUGCUCGCCUGGCACUGUAGAAGUGUCGGCCGGGACGGAUGCCACUGGGAGCCCUCAGUCUGCAAGAAGCCUCGCCAGCAGUCUGCGCUUCGUGCGCGCCAAGCUGUAUGAGCGGCUUGAGGCGGGGCACGUGCCGUCCGUGUUCGAGGCCGUCGCAUUACUGAAAGACGUGGCAGCAUUGCCGCUGACGUACAGGAAGACGGGCGCCACCGACGCGGUGCCUGCCGCACCACAGGCACGCGCUGCCAGCCGCAAUGCGCUCAUGCCCUCAGGCAGUCGCCGCCGCAGCAUCACAGGCUACAAUCGCCGGCGGCGCACCCUCAUCCUUGCGCUGCAAAGAGCCCUGCAGCAGGCGGCAGCCGCCGAGCCCCAUGUUGCGGGAAGCGACAGCGUGGGCACUGCCAGCGGACAGGAAGCUGACAGCGUCGCCACCGAUGGGCCGGUAGCGCUCCGAAGGCGCAAGGAUGUCCACAGCCGGGAGCUCAGGUUGGGUGUUUACACGCUUUUACAAGAGUUGGAGGAAGUCACCGCCCCAGGGGCUUACGCCACCCCCCGCACCGCCGCCUUCACGGCGGGCGCGCUUGCGGCGGUGCUACGGCUGCCGGCGGUGGCGGCAGCCCUGGGCCCUGCUGCAGAUUGUCAGGAGGUGGCGACGCGCGUGCUGAAGGCGCGGCGGGUAGCACUGAGCGAGCCGCACAUGGCUCAAUGCCUGAUGGAGCAACGGCAACCGCAGCAGCAGUCGCAAUACCAACUGCAAACGCAGCAGCAGCAGCCGUCCAGGCCGCUGCCAUUGCAGCACCAACCGCCGCAGCCGAGCCAUUCGCCCAAGGACGGGGCGCGCCCUCCGGUCACUCCAGCCGACAAGUACACGGAAGGCACCAGCGGCCGGAUGCUGGAGCUGGCGGCGGCGCUGGACGACGCCGUGGUUGCUGCGGUUCGCGAGCUUCUGCUUCGGAAGCUGCCGGACUCUGAGUUGCUGGAGCUGCUGCACCGGCGGCCCGAGCUGCUGGCAGGGGACGCUGACGAGGCGCAGGCGGUGGGCGCACUGCCGUUGAGGCGGACGCCGCCGCCUGCGACCGCGGCACGGACGGCCUCUCAAGCAGCCAGCGGCGCGGCGGCGCCAAACGCGGGCCAGGGCUCUUCGGCGGCCACCAGUGGGUUGCGACUGCGGGACGAGGUCCCCGCGGACCUGGACGGCAUGACUGCGCUGCGAUUUGCCGUCAAUGCCGCCACAGGCACUGGUUCCGCUGCGAGCCGUGCGAGCAGCGGCAGCGCUGGUAGCCGCCGCGCCGGUGCCGGGGCGGGUGCUGGUGAGGGGGCUAGUGCUGGUACAACACCGUACGCGGGUGUUGGUGCCGACGCCGAGGCACUGUGGCGCACGCCCGCGCUACCGUCAUCGCUGCUGCUGCUGGGCGGGAGUUCGGGCACCUGUGACAGCGAUGCCGCGGGCCGCGGCGCGGGGGCGGGAGCGGUGGCCGGGGGAAGCGCAGGGGCUGCGGCGGCGGCGGCGGCGCUGGCCGCUCGUCGCAGCCUGACGCGGCUGCAGCGUGAGGUCAACAUGCGCUUGGUUGAGCUGCUGACGCGCAGCAGCCACGUGCCCCACCUGAUCAGUGUGAUGCAGCUGUCAUGCCGACACAGCGCAGCCAUCGCGCUGCCCACACAGGCUGCGCUGCAGCUGGCGCUGUGUGAGGCCGCGCCGUGCAUGACCGCGCCGCAGCUGACGCAGGUGCUGCAGCUGGUGCACAUGACCAGGCUGUACCCGCCGCCGCUGGUGCACGCGGCGGCCCGCCGCGCUCUGGAGCUGUGCGGCGCGGCGGCCAAUGCCGGUGCCAGCAUGCCCGGCGCAGCAGCUGAGCCCAGCAUUGCAGGGCAGUUUGGACCGCCGCAGCCGCAGCCACAACGAAGUGUUGUCGCCGACCCCGCCGCCGCCUGCCAGCUGCUGUCGCAGUCGGUGCGCUGCUUCGCACGUAUGUCGCCGGCGGCGGAGUUGGACGGGGGCCUACUGCGGGCGCUGGUGGCGGCGGCGGCGAGCAAGGGGCUGGCAGCCGCGGCCGUGGAGGUAAAGCAGGCAGUGGCGGGCGGCGCUGCGGAGCGCGAGGCCGCGCCGGCUUUGGCUGAGUUGUCACGUCAAAGCGUAUCCAUGCUGGAGCGCCUCGUCGAAGACACCCAGGUGGUAUGCGACCGGCUGCGGCCGGGCCGGCGCAACGACGUGCUGCAGGCGGUGGCGCCGCUGCGUGCCGCCCUGCACCGCAACAGCGAGGCCUCCUCGCUUCAGGCGCUCUUCAACGGAGUGUUGGUGUCCACCAACGCCACCAGUGGCAGCAGCAGCAGCAGUGGUGGUGGCAGUGGCAGUGGCAGCAGCGGCAGUAGCGGCAGUAGCAGCCGGCCUUCGCUGGCGGCGCUGCAGCUACUGGGGGCGCAGCUGCCCAAGCUCAGCUCCAGUCCGGGGCUGUCGUGGUUGGUGGCCAGGCUGCUGGAGGCGCACGAGCCCUACAUGGACGGCAGCACGCUGGAGCCCUCGGGUGCGGAGGAGCCGGGCGCGGUGCCGCCCUGGCGUGUGGCGGAACAGCUGCUCAGGGCUGCGGAGAGGUCGGUGUUCACGGUGCAGGCGGAACUGAUCAUGGGCCUCCAGGAGCGGGUGCUGCGGCUGCCAACCCCGGAGCUGAUGAUGCUGGCGGCCCGCUGCGAGCAGCUGCACCUGCUGCCGCCCCACACACUGGCAGCCAUGCUGGGUCGCCUGCGGGUUCAUUAUAGCUCGGAGGUGCCGUUGGAAGGAGGCACGGGCGCGGGUGGCGACACCGGCACCAGCAACGCGGCGCCCCACGACCGCCUGAGCAGGCUCCAGCAGGUGCACGAUGGCACGCCCGUGCCUGCCAGCGUGGCCCUGGCGGGGCUGGUGUCCGCAAUCGAGCGCCGCAUGCUGCCGAACGUAGAGGCGCAGCAGGCCACAGGGCCGGAACCAGGCGCCGCCACGGCAGCUGGCGCCACCGCCACCGCCACCGCCACGGCCACCGCCUCCGCCACCGCCCACCAAGCUCCGCCCAAGCUGCCGCAGUCGCUGAAGCGUGGCGUCCUUGCUGGCAGCAGCAGCGGCAGUAGCAGAACGGGCGUUGGCGUUAGCGCCGGCAGCAGCGGUGGUGCUGUCAUGACGACGUCCGACCCGCCGCUGAUGUCGCUGGCUGUGGCGCAGUCGCUGGCGUCUGUGCUGGCGGCAGAGGCGGAGGCGGGGACGGAGGCGGGCGCCCGGCCGGCGGUGCCGCUGGCAGAGCCGGUGCGGCGGGUUGCAGGCAGCGUGGCUUGCGCGCUGGCAGUGCAGGCACUGGAGGCGCCGCCGGUGCGCACCGGGCCGCGUGCUACAGCCGCCGCUGCAGCAGCUACAGCAAGUGCUGCAGUGCCGGGCGGCACCGGAGGAUUGGCCUCGAACCAAGCUGGAGUGGCUACUGAAGCGGCCCUGGGGAUGCGGCCGGGGCCGGGCAGUGCAGCACGGUCAGGUGGAAGUGGCAGCAGUGGUAGCAGUAAGCACAUGACAGUAUCGGAGCUGAGACUGGCGGCGGCUGCAGCCGAACGUCUGUCUAUAGCAACGCCGGCGUCACCAAGUGCGGUUGCCACUCCUGCUACAGCUGAUGCCGCGGCCGCCAGCCCCGGGGUGCCGGGCCCCGACAUGCCUGAGCCCGUGCACGCCACAUCACACCCGGACGCUUUUCGCCCCAGCCAACCUAACAGUGACGACGUCACCCAAACCGUGUCAGCAGGAGCGCCGCCAAUGCGGCUACAAACGCGCGACAGUGGCUCAUCAUCAGAGGUCCGCACUGCGGCGAGUAGCGGCGGGAGUGCAGGCUUCGCCGCCGCCGGCAUGGCUGGACCGCUGCAGCUGCUGUCGGGCCCGGAGAGGCAGCUGCCGCUGCUGCAGACCGCCGCGCAGCAGCUGCUGAGUGAGCAGUCGGAGCCGCCACGGCGGCAGUCGCCUGAGCCGCAGCGCAAUACCAAACCGGAAGGCGACAGUGCCCCAGCAGCGGCGGACAAAGGAGGCACGGCGGCAGCAGCGCUACUGCGGCGGCUGCUGCCGUCUACCCUUGCGCCGGCGCCGGCGGCGUCAAGCCGCGACGGCACCGGUAGCGUAGGCGGCAGCCGGUUGGAGUGGCUGCUGCGGGUGGCGGGCGCCGUGUUGCGGCCGCCGCCGCCUCCCGACCCCCAGGAAGCGCGGCGUGUGGAUGCCUUCAUGGCGGCACUGGCGUCGGAGGCGGAGCCGGCUCGCCGGCAGCAGCAGCGCGCCCAGGCGCUGUUGCUCCCCGAGUACCUACGGCAGCAGGCAGAGGCGCGGCUCGAGGAGGAGGAGGCCGAGGCGGCGGAGCAUGCGGGCCAGGGCGCGACAGCGGCAACCGAAGAGGCCGCGGCCGCGGCGGGCGAGGGCACAGCUGACCAGCUGCCGUCGCUGUUUGAGGGCGUGCAACCUCUGUUCGCACGGAGCAUCGGCAGCCUCCGGUCCGGCGGCCGAGAUGCUUCGGACCGCUACGCGUUUUCUGAUGCGGACGAGUCAGACGAGGAGGAGGAGGACGAUGGCGCGGGCUUUUGCGGUGAAGCGCCUUCGGCCGGUGUGGGCACGGGCGCAGCGCUGGGCGUUCCCGCCGGUGCGCUUGCGCGCCGGGCCGGCGCCGGGCCGGCGCGCGGCUCCCCGGCACCCACGGCCGCGCAGGCCACAGCCGGCGCCGCCAAUGCGCCGAGGGCCCGCCUCACAGACAGUGAGGUCGCCGAGCUGCGAGGUCUGGGCACGCCCGGGGGACCUGCGGCCGCCGCCAGCGCGGCCGCCAAGUCGGAGGCCCGGCGGCAGCUGCUCCGCUCCGUACGGGACCGGCUGACGGCGCUGUCGACGGUGCCGGAUGCACAGGUGCUGGAGCUACUGGCGCCGCCGCCGCCGCCGCGCGCCCUGCGCAGUAUGCAGUGGGGCCCGCCGGUGCGGCCGACGCUGCCGCAGCACGAUGCGGUGCCGCACCGGCUGCCCCGCCCUGCGGCUGCGGCGGAGGCCGGGGCGGCAUUGUCGGGCGGCCUGGCGGCGCUGGUGGGCGCGGACGACGUGGUAAGUGACAGCGUACGGCAGCUGUUCGACGAAAUGGAAGUGGAACUCGCCGUCGAGGCCGGAUCCGGGUUUCUGUCCCCGGCGGCACUGGCUGCAGUGCAAAGCCACGCCGCCGGCAGCCUUGCGACGGCAGGCGGCGCAGCCGGCGGCGGCGGAGAACCCGCGGCAGCAUCCAGCCGCUACGCCCGGUCCUUGGUCACGGCUGUGGAGGUUGUCAGCAUGGCUGGGGCGGUGGAGAGCCGGGACCGGCAGCGGGCCCUGUGGGGGCUGCUGGCGCCGCCGCUGCAGGCGGCCGCGGCGGGCGGGCUGCUGACGCCGCCUGACGCGCUGCUGACGUUGGAGCGCAUGGCCCAAGGCGACGGCGCUGCAGCAACGGAGGCAACGGAGGCCGCGGUGUCUGAGCUGGUAGGCGUGGUGGGCGUCUGGCUGCUGCGGCAGGAGGAGCGCGCGUCCGCGGGUGGCACCGGCAGCGGCGGUGGAAGUGGGGGCGGAGGUGAAGGCGUAGGUGGAGGCGGCGUGGGGCCAGCUGAAGUCGCGGCCUACCGCCGCCUGUGCUGGGCGGUCCAGCGGCUGGCUCCUGACGCUACCAAGGCCGCCGCCCCCUUCUCUGUGGAGGCGGAUGACACCGACGCCGGGUCAGCGUCAGCGAUGCUGGCGCAGGUGCAGGCGGGGUGUGUGGUGGGCGUGGGCCCAGUCAUGGCUGCGCUGCAGCGCGCCUACACGCCGCACGAGCACCACGACCGGCUGCGCAAGCUGCUGGAACAGGCGGCGGCACUGGCGGAGCAGCGCGACCGCACCACGGCCGCGCAGGCGACUGAUACUCGCCAGCAGCAGGACGAGGCGGAGCUGCAGCAGCAUCAGAGUAGCGGGGACUCGCCUCCGGCUGGUGUGCCGGAUGGCGAGCCUGCGGCGGCAGGGGAGGCGGGGGCGGAGGCCGCGGGCGCGAGGGGCUGGGAGGCGGAGCUGGCGGGUGUGCGCUCUGACGUGCUGUGGCUGCUGCGCCGCAUGGAGCCGGCGGCGCGCGUGUGGGCGCUGCAGGCCCUUGUCGGGAGCGGCGCAGCGGAUGGCGAUUUCGUGGAGGCUGUCACGGGGCUACUGCUGGGGCAGCUGGGGGACAUGCCACCCGCCGAGGUGGUCAGGGCCAUGGACGCACUGGCGGUGGCAGCGGCCUCCGCGGCCUCUGCAGGCCCGCACGGCCUGGCGCACACGGCGCUCGGACCCGCCGCCCGCGCCUUCCUGCGCGCCGCUGGCGCGCGCCUCAAGGACCGCACGGGUGACUUCGCCGCCAAGGACCUGGCGUGUGCGCUGGCGGCGGUGCUGCAGCUGGCGUCAGCACUGCCCGCCGCCAGCGCGGCCAGUAGCAGUGGCGGCGGCGGCGGCGGCGGCCGGGCUGUGGUGCCGGCAGGCGACAGGGCUCUGCUGGUGGUGCUGCGCCGGGCGCUGGUGCAGCGGCUGCAGCAGGCCGGCUCGGCGGGUGGCGGUGUGCAAGUGGCGCAGGUGCUGGCGGAGCUGAGCCGAGUGGUAGGCUUGUGUGAACCGCACGUGAGCGCGCAGGAGCCGCCCAGCAACAGCAGUGGCAGCAGUGCAAGCAGUGCCAGCGGUGCCAGCAGUAGCAUCAGAACCAGCCCAGGCGGCACCAGCACGGAGCUGGCUGCAGUCCUGGACGCGGCGGCGGACGCGGUGUUGCGGUUGGCGGCGCACCAGCCCAGCCGGGGCUACAGCAGCGGCGCUGAAGAGCCGCCGCCGGCCCAAGCCGGUGAUCAGUUGCCGGCGUCGCAUCAGCACCAGAACCAGAACCAGCACCAGCGGUUGGAUGCGGAGGAGAUGGUGGCGUUCCUGAGCGCCUUCGGCGGGCUGGGCUACCAGCACAGCGGCGGCGAGCGCUGGCGGUUGCUGGUGUCCGGUACGCUUGCGGCGGUGGCGGACCGCGCCGACGUCGAGUCCGCGGCGCUGCUGGGGUCACCCGGACAACCGCCGUGCGCUGCUGGUGCCGGCAGUGUGGAUGCCGGGUGCCCGGUGCAGGAGGAGGGAUUGCAGGUGGGGGCCGAGGCGGCUGGCCGUGCAUGCGGCGCCGGGCAAGAAGCGGAGCGGGCGGCGUUCUGGGUGCGGGCGGUGGCGGCACUGGACGGUGUGGACGCACUGCCUCUGGAGCUGUUGGUGCAGGUGGGGGAGCUGGUGGAGACGGCGGUGGUGGCUGUGACAGCUGAGGCGGCCAGCGGUGUCGGAGUGCCGCAGUCUGCUGCUAGAAAUGGGUUGGAUGGUGAGGGCGAGGCGGGCGCAGCAGCCGGUGAUGGUGCGGGAAGCGCGCACGUAGGCGGCACCGGGGGGAAAAGUGCCAAGGGCAGGGGCAGGCGUGUGUGGAGGCCGCGGCCGAAGGUUCAGGGUCCUGGAGGAACGGCAGCAGCGCCAGUGUCUGAGUGACGUGGUGUGGCAAGCAGACACCAGGGUUCAAUGAUUCGCAGGUAUGCGGGCAUACGCAUGAUGUGUGGGGGUCGUACGACGGGAUAAGCAAUGACUUACGGGCUCCAGUCCUGUUCAUCGGGUGAGCGUUCCCACAAUGGGAGCUGCGGUCUGUAAUCGUCGGCCGCU